AAAGAGAGAGAGAGAGAAAAGGCAAACCAAACCCACACAAAACAUGUUGUGCGGAAGGACUUCCACUCCCUGGCUGUGCUGUUAAGGAUCAGGAAGAGCCUUUGGGGGCUGCAGGAUCUCACUGAGGCUGAUGCUGCUGCUCAAGGAUUUGGUGCAGGGAGACAAAACUGCUGCCUCUUCCAUCCGCUGAUCUCAACAUCUGCAUUUUCCUGCUGCUGUGCUCCCUCUCACACCCUCUCUCCAUGGACUGAUUUUUUUGAUUUUUUUUUUCCCCCCCUUUUUUUUUUUUGGGUGGGGAGGGGGGAAGGACGAGCAGAAGAAAAUCGAGGCAUCGCGUGGAGAGGAGUGAAAUUGCCCUUUAUAUCUCGCGUUCUGGGGGGGAUCUCUUUUGGAGGUGAAGCUUUUUUUUUGGAAAAGAAAACAUGACGUCGCCAGCAAAAUUCAAAAAGGAUAAGGAGAUCAUAGCCGAGUACGACACUCAAGUUAAAGAGAUCCGUGCCCAAUUGGUAGAGCAGCUGAAAUGCCUUGACCAACAGUGUGAGCUUCGGGUCCAGUUACUGCAGGACUUGCAGGAUUUCUUCCGCAAGAAGGCAGAGAUUGAGAUGGAUUACUCAAGGAAUUUGGAGAAGUUGGCUGAGAGAUUCCUGGCUAAAACUAGGAGCACCAAAGACCAGCAAUUCAAGAAGGAUCAGAACGUGCUGUCGCCAGUGAACUGCUGGAACCUGCUGCUCAAUCAGGUGAAGAGGGAGAGCAGGGACCACACCACCCUCAGUGACAUCUAUCUCAACAACAUCAUCCCCCGCUUUGUGCAGGUCAGCGAGGACUCAGGACGCCUCUUCAAGAAGAGCAAGGAAGUGGGAUUGCAGCUCCAGGAAGACUUGAUGAAGGUCUUGAAUGAACUCUACACGGUGAUGAAAACCUACCACAUGUACAACGCUGACAGCAUCAGCGCCCAGAGCAAGCUGAAGGAGGCCGAGAAGCAGGAGGAGAAGCAGAUUGGGAAGUCAGUGAAACAGGAGGACAAGCAGACCCCGCGCUCCCCCGACUCAACCUCCAACGUCAAGUUCGAGGAGAAACACGUCCGGCGGAGCUCCGUCAAAAAAAUAGAGAAAAUGAAGGAGAAGCGCCAAGCAAAGUACACAGAGAACAGGCUGAAGGCAAUUAAGGCAAGGAAUGAGUAUCUGCUGGCCCUGGAAGCCACCAAUGCCUCAGUGUUCAAGUAUUACAUCCAUGACCUGUCUGAUCUCAUUGAUAAAAUGAAGGAGUACCUGGAAGGCAGGAACCUGAUAACGAAGCUCCAAGCCAAGCAUGACCUUCUCCAGAAGACCCUGGGAGAAAGUCAGCGGACUGACUGCGCCCUAGCCAGUGGCAGGCGCAGCUCCACCGUGAGGAAGCAGGAUUCCUCCCAAGCCAUUCCCUUGGUCGUGGAGAGCUGCAUCCGAUUCAUCAGCAGACACGGUUUGCAGCAUGAAGGAAUAUUCCGGGUGUCUGGGUCACAAGUUGAAGUGAAUGACAUAAAAAAUGCAUUUGAGAGAGGGGAGGAUCCCUUGGCUGGGGACCAGAAUGACCACGACAUGGAUUCAAUAGCAGGAGUCCUGAAGCUUUAUUUUCGAGGGCUGGAGCACCCACUCUUCCCCAAGGAUAUCUUUCAUGAUCUGAUUGCCUGUGUCACAAUGGAUAAUUUACAGGAGAGAGCUCUGCACGUGCGGAAGGUGCUGCUGAACCUGCCGAAGACCACCCUGAUUGUGAUGAGAUACCUCUUUGCAUUCCUCAACCAUUUAUCUCAGUUCAGUGAAGAAAACAUGAUGGAUCCCUACAAUUUAGCCAUCUGCUUUGGGCCAACGCUGAUGUCAGUGCCUGAAGGUCACGACCAAGUCUCUUGCCAGGCUCAUGUCAAUGAAUUGAUCAAAACCAUCAUCAUCCAACAUGAGAACAUCUUCCCAGGCCCGAGGGAGCUGGAGGGUCCAGUCUAUAGCAGAGGUGGAAGCACAGAGGAUUACUGUGAGAGUCCCCAUGGAGAGAGAGCCUCCACAGAAGACUCGGUGCAGGACGUCACGGCCGAGCACCACACCAGUGAUGAUGAGUGUGAGCCCAUAGAAGCAAUAGCAAAGUUUGACUACCUUGGCAGGACAGCACGAGAGCUGUCCUUCAAAAAAGGAGCCUCCCUCCUGCUCUACCAGCGGGCCUCGGACGACUGGUGGGAGGGGCGGCACAACGGGAUCGACGGCCUCAUCCCCCACCAGUACAUCGUCGUCCAGGACACUGAGGAUGGAGUCUCAGAAAGGUCCAGCCCGAAGUCUGAAAUAGAAAUAAACUCUGAGCCACCGGAAGAAAAAGUGACAGCCAGAGCUGGUGCCAGCUGCCCGAGCGGGGGGCACGUCGCAGAUAUUUACCUUGCAAACAUCAACAAGCAAAGAAAGAAACCAGAGUCAGGCAGCAUCAGAAGAGCCUUCCGUCAAAGUGACAGCCAUGGACUAGGUAGUUCACUGGCAGAACCAGCCUCCCCCGGAGCCAUAGCCGGUUCCAGACCCUCAUCUCAGCCCAUUAUGAGCCAAAGUCUUCCCAAGGAGGUUCCAGAUAAAUGCUCCAUCAGUGGCCACGGCAGCCUCAAUUCCAUCAGCCGACACUCGUCGCUGAAGAACAGGAUCGACAGCCCCCAGAUCCGGAAAACUGUCACAGCAGGGAGGUCCAAGAGCUUCAACAACCACCGGCCCAUGGACCCCGAGGUCAUUGCACAGGACAUUGAAGCCACAAUGAACUCUGCUCUGAACGAGCUGCGGGAGCUGGAGAGGCAGAGCAGCGUCAAGCACACGCCGGACGUUGUCCUGGACACCCUGGAGCCCUUGAAAACGUCCCCCGUGGUGGCCCCCACCUCGGAACCCUCCAGCCCUCUGCACACCCAGCUCCUCAAGGACUCUGAGCCGCCCUUCCAGCGCAGUGCCAGCACGGCCGGGGACAUUCCGUGCACCUUCCGGCCCGUCAAGUCCAUCAAAAUGGCCACGCAGGUGAAACCUCCGGCCACCCGCCCAAAACCCGCCGUCUUCCCCAAAACGAACGCCACGAGCCCCGGCGUGGCCUCCUCCGCGUCCCAGCAGCCCCCUGACAAGUCCUGUACUGUGUGAUGAACUCGGUGCUGCUCCGUGGAGACGGCUCUUACCGCUUUCGGAUGGAGAGACUCUGUUAAAAGACGUUAAAAUUCCUAUUUAAGUGAUUUUUUUUUUUCGGACUGAAGGUUUAGUUGUGAGACUGCCGGGAGCUCUUCCCGGGAGCGAACUGAGUGGUAAGAACCUCGUCCCACGUCCCCACAUGGCUGAUGUGUUUGGGGCAAAGUGGUUCCUGCCACGCUCGGGGAAACCCGGAGUCGGGUCACUGUGAAGCUGAGCAGGAAAACACACACACAAGAGGGAUGAGUUGGAUCUUGGUUUCUUGGUUGAUGCCUUGUCCAAGUGUUUGGCCACUGAAAGAAACACUCGGUGGCAUCCUGUUUUUGGAUACUGGUGUAGUGACUUAUAUAUUCUGUGUUUCAUUUAUCACAGGGAAACAAUAGGAUAGAUUUUAGUCUCUUGCAUGUUUUGGUGCCACUGGUUACGUGGAGCUUGGACAUGCCUGUUUCUUGUGCAUUAUUAUUAUUAUUCUGUCGCCCACCGGUGCCACGGUGGUUUAAGGGUCUGUCUCGACUUCCAUCACAUCCUCUGGUUUUGUUUGUUUGCUCCCCCUUCCUUCCCCCUCCCCGGGGCCAAAGCCCUUGGCCAUCCAGCCUCAUGCUUUAGUUGACACUUGUCAUGAAAAAUAGUUUACUCUGGAACACUCUUAGAUUUUUGUGGAGUUCUACGUAAUGUGUGUCUGUGCAAAUAUAAACAAACAUGCUCCUGAGGUUUAGGAGCAUAACAAAGAGCCCAGUUGUUGCUUAUGGACAAUCGAGCUGGUUUUCCCCCCUUUGCUCUCCCCUAUUUAAAAACAGCUUUAUUGUUUCAGCGUGGUUUCCAGCCCGUGGGCUCUGAUGUGGUGUGUGCUCUCGGGAGACUGAAUGUAAAAAACAAGUUCAUUUGGAAAACUUAAAGCGUCCUCUGAUGGGAACCCACUUCCUAACGCACACAAUCCUCGGUCUGAUCACACAUCAGGAUGGAUCCUCACCAAAAUCCCGGUGACAAGCACUGUAAAAAAAAAAAACUUCAAUCAGAAGUUUUCUCAAGCUUCCUCCCUUCUCCCUCUUUCUGGUUGCAAACGCUUCGGUCGGUGGCCGCUGUGACUCGAUUUAGGGAUCUCUGCUCUUAUAGAGCAGGGCAGGAAACGCCGCUGGGGGACAGUGAUGUGACAGCACACGUGGCUCCUGGAGUGGCUUCCCCGCGUGUCCCUUGGCGUGGCUCCUCCCUAGGACUCGGACGUGUGAAUGGAUUCGUUAGUAUUUGUAUUUAUCUGUGGGCAGCAAAUGCUCCAGCUGCCCCCAGGCUGCAAGGACUCUUUUGUACUCCUCUGGGAAUUCUCCAUGACGCUCACAUUUAUUUAAUUUAAUAAUAAUAAUAAUUAAAAAAACAAAAACAAAAACAAACAAAGGCAUGUGCCACUUGCAGCGCUAAAGAAGAUUCACAGUCCUGGCUGACCCUGGUUCUCCUUGUUCCUAAACUUUUCUGGGAUGUUAAAACAAGCAGCACAUCUUAUGUGUUCAUCAGACGAAUUCAGGCAAGGGCAAGAUAAGAAAAAUCAUUUUUCUUGCCUGUUUAGCUGAGUUUCUUUCCAGUUUGUCGGUUCCUCGUGACUGCAAUGUCGGUUUAAUUGGCACUUAGUAAUUAAAAAAGAAGAAACAAAACGUGCUUUUCUGAGAAGGGUUGCUGAAAUGGGUUUUUUCUCGUUAAUUUAGGAUGUUGCUUGGGAAAACGGAGCAGGGUUUUCCUGUGUCCCUGUCCGUCCCCAAACGCACACUCCCCCCUCUCUCUACAGAAGCAAUCAAUCCAUAUUAAUGAUGGCUUUUCAAAACACCGACUUCCUCUGUGCCCUAAAUUAAGAAAAUUGUGGAACACUGGGAAGAUUUCAGUGAGAACACUCUUUGUUAUCCAUUUCUCCUCAGCUUUCCCUGGGGAAGCCCCGUGGUACGUGUGUGACUGUCACUGGACCUCACGGAAGAUCCCAAGGGCGCGACCAGCGACCUUUGCUCUCAGGUUCUGAUGGACUUCUACCACCAAGGAAUCACUUGUUCUUUUGGGGAAAAAUAGAAUUAAUUAAACUUGUAAUUUUUUGCUCAGGCAGAACUUGCUGGCAUUUCCUUUUAAGUAGGAAUUUUUUUGGUUUUCUUUUUUUUUUGGUCGUAACCGACCAAAGUUAAUCUGUGUCAGGAGCAGGAUCUCUGUAAAUCGACUUCAACUCAUUUGUAAUGCCUUAUUUUCUUUCUAUUUUUAUGCCUAGCGUUCAUGUUUCUAAGAAUAAGUGUCCAGCCACGCACAGCACAUUGGAGGAGAUGCUCUUUUCUAUCUUCCAGGUCUGAAGUGUGAAAUUAGGAGAUUUAAACAACAACAAAAAAAAAAGACUUCAGGUUACUGUAACAGCAACUGUCUGUAUCUGAAUUACUGUGCUUCUCUAGCAUCCACAGCUCUGGGACAAUCCUGCUUGGCAGGAUAACCUGCAUAUGGAACAACUCAACUGGAAUUCUGGUGUGCACUGUGAUUGACACUUACAUUUACAGCAAGCAAUAUGACAGGCUGAAGGUCAUCCUUCCUCUCCCUCGUGCUCCGGGUCUGCCCAGCCGGCGGAAAACUCACACGCGCGCACACACACGGGGGGAAUUAAACAACAAAGUCACAACCAAGAAAAGGAGGCUUUCGCCUUGCCUGCUUCACUCUGUGAACACACAAGGCCAAGAGAAGGUUUGCCACAAGGGUUUAAUGCCCAGUCGCUGCCGGAGAGGUGGGAAGGAGGGACUGGAAGAGUCGGCGCCGCUCCCUGCGGAAGGAGAGACCGGCGUAGGGUGGACGAGGGCGACACAGUGGUUUGCUUGGGGAGGUAUCAACGUCGCUUCAUAUCUUCAUGUUCCGAAGAAAUAUUAGCUCUUCCGUAGGAAUUCUCUUCUCAUGACUUUUUUAUGUAAUGUUUGUGUCAAAUAUAAAAGACAAGAAGUGUUGGAUAACUGGAAUAAACGUCUGUCUGUUCGAUAGUGCUUGGGAUGAACAACGGGGCCUUGUUCAUCGGGUGUUGGAUUGAAAUAAUCCAAAGCGAAAACUUUUGAAAUAAAACACGGUUUUAGGUGAUCUGAACAGUUUCUGAAGCUCGAACCUUUUCUGGCUUAUUUCCCUAGUUGGGAAUGGAGCAGUGUGCUUUAACCAGUGCUAAAUUUCUGCCUCUCGAGGGCAUCCAAAGGCUUGCAGUUGAUAAAUUGUAAAUUUGUCCUUCGUGUCAAAGCAGUGGGACACGAUCAAACUCUCUCACUUUAUCUGUACUGGAUAUUCUAUUGCAAUGAAAAUGAGUAAAUAAUUAGAGUGCACUGUGACAGCAGAAAAAAAAAAAUUGUUGUAUAUGUCUGUAUUUUGAUACCUGUUCGAAAGGAGUCUUUGGGUUUCCUGUGCUGAAUACCUCAUGUGUUGGGUUUUGGGAGUUUUCUUUGUUGAUUUUUUUUUUUAAAUGAUUUUUCUUUUUUUUUUUUUUUAAAGGCAAGAUUGUUCUUGCACAAAAGUAGGUUAAGAUAACCGAGUUCUCAUAAAUUUAUUUACGGAAUCGAAACGCUUCAGUUUGGCAAGAAAUUCCAUCUGUUGCAGUUCCCCCACCUUGCACUCGGUACAAGGGGCGACCCGGCGCACUUGGAAGAGCUCCAGCAAUACUGGGACGAGAGAAGUUCAUUGCAGAUGGAGUUUGCUGCCUUAUUUCUCUUCUUCUGUGUGUCAAAAACCUCAAAUUCAGUUGAACCUUGUAUAGAUUUGGGGGUUUAUUGGGCUUUUGAGAGAUGUUCUUCUGCAGAAAUCGAUGUCUCUAGUUGUUAGCACUUCAGAUCCUUUCCAGACCUGUGGACCAGGUAGGGUGGAAACGCUCCAUUGCUGAUGGAAUCCACGUUGAGGGAACACUUAAAAUGAGAUGGUGGUCUCAGUGGGGUGUAGGUUGUUAGUAAAGCAACAAUAAUGAGGGAAAAAUCCCCAAAAAUCCCCAUUUGAGACAGUUUGACUCGGUAAGAGGUUGAGCUCUGGCCCCUGUCCUACACAUCCGUGAGGACAGGUGGGAGUUGAAGGAUGUGCCCCUGUCCCUUGGAGUUUGGUGGCCAGGGGAGGGGAUACCUGUGCCUGGCAGGAUCAAGCCCUGACUGUGCAGGGAUGUGCUCCUAAGUAUAAAUAUAUUUACUUGCUGACCUGUGAACCUCAAGCAAGGAAAACUGCUUUCAAAAACAAAGAAACACAGGAGCACUGGGGCAUUUCCCUCGCUUAGGAGCCUGUCUUGGGCUGAAAAUGAGUUUAACAAGAUGGGGGUUUAUUUAUUUUGAGAUUUUUAGCUUUCACAAAAAUAACAGGCCCUGCUGUGUGUUUAUCUGGCCUUGGCUAACGCCCCUCAAAUGCAGUUGGAGACAUAAAGCUGUUUCUUUAGUGGCCUGGUAGCACAAGAGGCCUUGGUAGAAGAAAAGGAUUGUUCUCUCUCUCAUGGGGAACGUUGCUCCCAGCGCCAGCUCUGGGAAAACACCGAGCGCUUCAUGGACUGAACUUUGGGGUCUGAGCUCUUUCCAGAUCAGCUCUCUCUGCGUGUCUCUGUGUCCGUGUGACAACCUGGUACUUGAAAAAAAAAAAAAAAAGAAAAUACAAAUACUUGACCCUCUGCCUUGUGCCUGUGGGGCCGGGAUGGCCCCGGCUGUGUCACGCACAAGCGGUUCCAGGCUCUGCCGCCGCCGCCUGAAGGCAGAUGGAUUCUUUUCCAGGCUCGGUUCUAGGAACAAACCGUCUAUUUUGGUGGCUCUCCAGAUGCCAAAACAGCAAUUCAAGGCCUGGAAAAUGUCAGGUUUGGUUGGUUGGUUUGUUUUGGUUUUUUUUUUUCCUGUUCUAUUUUGUGCUUCCUAUAACGUAGUUCGGGACAAAAGUGUUGCUUUUCAACGAUGGGCCAAAAAGAGGCAAAGGUGGAGAGGGAGGGCAGCUCCCUGCUGUGCUAAUACUUGAUCUACCAAGCUUCAUACAGGGUAAAUAUUUAGCAGUUUGCAGUGGAAAUUGUAGAUGGACCCGUCCUUUUCAAGGCACUGUAGUAACCUUACUCCUGAGGUGGACUUCACCAGCCUUUUCUCCAGGCAGAGCCCUGAGAUGUGAAUAAGCCAAGUUCAAAGGGACUGGACUCGUGAGUGUGCCAAACUGCUGGAGCAAUACUUGUGAGCAGCAGGUUCUUCAAAAGACCAGCUCUAUGUAGCCAAAGCGGGGGCAAUUGCUGAAAACCAUCUCUGAUUUUAAGGGAUCGCAGUGAUGUGGUUCUGCUGUAACGUUGGAAAAGUUGGGGUUGCAAAGUCUAGAAAUGUGUGUUUUCUGUCUGAACCUCGGUCCUGUGGUGGCUCGUACGGUGCGUUGGGUUUGGGGUUGUCGACAGCAGUUGUUUAAUGGUGGGAUGGAAUGUUCUUGCUAAAAACAGUUUCCAUUGUUUCAUGUCUUCUACACCAAUAUAUAUACGGUGUAUAUAUUAAACUGUGUAAAAUUGUACUUUGUAUAUAGAACUCUGUACAAUAUGGAGGUACAGCCUUCUUUUUUUUUUUUCCCCCCUCCCCCUUUUGGUACAGUAUUGUACAGUAUUAGGAGUCGAUGUGUUGGAAAUGUUCAGUCCAUACUGGGGCAACAAAAUGUAUCCAUUGUCAUUAGCAAUAGUUUUGGAGAAAUAAAUGUUUUGGGUAUGGUGGAAACACUGA